AUGUUAACGUCGCAUGAUUUAAACACUUAUGAUAUAUCAUCAAGCAGUUACAACGGCAUAUACAUUGGAAACAUAUUCAGUGAAAUUCAAGAUGAAAUAAAUAAUACCUGUAUUAUUGAAAGCGCACAGAGGUCAAAUUGCUUAGAGUAUAAUAAUGAAAAGGUAAACGGUAAUAAUAACAAUAGCGGUAACAGUAGCAGCAAGAACAACAGUCAUAACAACAGUAACAAUUGUAGUAAUUGUUGUAGUAACAGUUUUGGUAAUAGUAAUAACAUUAAUGCAGACAUUAAUGUAGGUAAAAUUCUUAUUGGUAGUAAUUAUAUAGGUAGUACUCAUUUUGGUAGUAAUAAUAUAAGCAGUACACAUUUUGGUAGUAAUAAUAUACGUAGUAGGGGAAAAAUAAGUAUAGAAGAAUAUGUUAAUUUUAUAAAUGAUAAAAAGAAUGAAUACAAGAAGAAGAAAAAGGAGUACGUUAUUGAGUAUAUUAAUCAAAGAAAAAUAAAAAAAAUGCAUUAUGAAGACAUGGAAUUAUUAUUUAAAAAAUUUACCCACUUCUUGGAUUUACAGGAAAAAUGUUUAUUAUGUAAUAAUUAUUUAAGCCUAUCAUAUUUGUACCUUAACAGAUACUUGAAGAAGGAAAAGGUGGGAAAUAAAGAUCAAAAGGAGAAUUAUAAUAAUAAGGGCUUUAUAAAUAAAUGGGUGAAAAAAAAUAGUAGCUUAAUUUUUUGUGAAUGUUUAGAAAAUAUUGAUUAUUCAAAGCAGUAUAUAAGUGAUAAAAAAGAUGACUGUUACAUUGAUAUGAUUCAUCUUUUUAGAAAAAAUACAUCCUUUUCUUUUAAUACAAAAAAAAGUGUAAUUUUAAAAGAAUUUAUGAAGAAUGUAAAGUUUAAAGAAUUUUUUAAAUAUAACUCUUUUAAUGAAAAUUACUAUAAUAAUACAUUUCCUAUUAAAAAUAAUUAUAAUAUAGACACAAAAUAUAUAAAUGUAUGUAGGUAUAUUGAAAAGCCCACAUUAACUAUUGAGCAUGUAAAAGCGUUAAAUAGUCACACGGAAAAUUUUAUACCCAUUUUUAAAAUUCACAACGUUAACACCCUUGUAACGACGGUUGAAAAGAAACUUUUAAUUGAGUGUUUGAAGGUUGUUAAGAAGAUUUUUUUUUAUGACAAAAUUGACAAAUUGACAGUAAUUAUUUUUUGUUAUUUAAGUAAUUUAUACAACACUGUUAUGAGGUUAAAUGCGGAACGUAUAUUGUGUUGCUAUUCGCAAAAACAUUUCGAGUUUUUCCUAUACUAUAUCUUUCAAAAGAACACAUACGCAGCUAGGAGAGUUAAAAUGGUAGCUUUGAAAAUUUACAAAAACGGUGAUGAUCAGGAUGACGAAAAGGAACAUGUGGAUUUUUAA